GCACGAAGCGAAGCAACAUCGGUUUGGCUCCAUAAGCCAGUGAAAAACACAAGCGACCUGCACGCAUGGCGGACAUAGACCUGCGAUGCUGUAAAUAAACAGUCGCAGCAGUGAAAACAUCGGACGUAUUCUACCAGCAAGAAUCGUGGCCACUGGUCCAACAGUGUAUCAUUACCCGUCCACAUCGACCCGAGCAUGCUAGGGGACCCGUGCCGGACCGACAGUUGAUACAACAUUCGCAGCAUCGCCUUUCCGUCAGGACAUUCGCCGUCAAGGAUCGUACCCCAAGAAAAAGGGAAGAAACCAACGUGUGCAGUGCAACGAAUCGAUAUUUUGGUGAAUGUAGGUGUAAAAGUGCGAAAAGCGGGUGCGGUGGAACUAAAUAUUCCACGCUUGCUUUGCUUUUUGCUGACAAUCGCGGGCAGAGUGUGCAUGCAGAAGUGCAAUUCGCUGAUCAGAUGUGCGCGUGUGUCAGUAUGUGUGUGUGUGAGCAGUGUAUUGAUUGUAGGAGCAUUGUGUGAAAAGCGUUGAUUGAUAUUUUCCACCUCCAUCACGACAAAAAAGAAAAAACACCAUUGCAAAACCAGUGCACCCGGUGGCAAAUAGUAGCAUCACCGUCCGUGCGUGACCAAACGAAACCCCAAACCAACACCCCGGGAUUUUUCUCGCUCCUUCCGCGAACGGACAGUGUGCGAAGGAGCAGCUAUAAAAGCAAGAAAAACACGAAAACAGUGCAAAAACAAUAACAAGAAAAACGUACAUCGCCAAAAUGUUGUCCAACUACGCGGAGCUGUUUCUCGUCUGUGCCAUCAUAUUGAUGCCAAUAUUUUACGAAACGUCGAGCCGCUUCCGGUACUACUUUAAAAUCUUCGUCUACUACGCGGUGGUCAUACUGAACUCCUUCUUUUUCAUACCCAUCUUCCUGUUCCGGCCGUGCGAUGUGAGAAACCUGACACUGGCGAGCAAAUUCUGCCGCCUUGCGUCGCCAAUCAUCAGCCUGAAGUGGGAGGUGCGCGGUGCCGAGCACAUGGGUGCCGAUCGGGCGAUGGUAAUGGUGGCCAACCAUCAAAGCUCACUCGAUAUUUUGGGUAUGUUCGACUUCUGGCACCUGAUGGACAAGUGUACGGUGAUCGCCAAGCGGGAACUGUUCUUCGCCUGGCCGUUCGGGCUGGCCGCCUGGCUGUCCGGGCUGAUCUUCAUCGACCGGCGGCAUGCGCAGCGCGCCCAGACGGCAAUGAACGAGUCCACCAAGAUGCUGAUCGAAAAGCGCACCAAGCUGUGGGUAUUCCCCGAGGGUACGCGCCGCAUCACCAACGAAAUCCACCCGUUCAAGAAGGGCGCUUUCCACGUGGCCGUUCGGGCCCAGCUGCCGAUACUGCCGGUCGUGUACAGCUCGUACCACACGUUCCUCGACACCAAGAACAAGGUGAUGAACCCGGGGCACGUGAUCGUGACCGCGCUGCCACCGAUCGAAACGAAGGGCCUCACGAUCGACGACAUCCCGGAGCUGAUUGAGCGCACCCGCAAUGCGAUGAUCGAAACGUUCAAGGCCACCACCAAGGAGGUGGAGAAUCGGUUCAAUCUCAGCGGCCACGGCAUGACACCGGCCAAGGGUACGACGACGGUGAUCUCGCGCAUUGCGGCCGCCCUGCCCGGUGGCGUGAGCAAGCAGCCGACUACGGCGACGACCACCGUGGUGAGCCCCCUUCCGAUACGGCCCGUUGUUGAGCUGAUUGAACCGGAAGCGCGAAAGAUUGGCUCCCUGCUGGGGGGUGGCGAUGCGUCACCGAUUAAGGAACCGACCGCCUACCGGCGCAAGGAUGUACAGCGGGAUUAGUUUGCUCGUUUUUAUGUUUUUUUUUUUUUGUUGUUGUUGUUGACCCGCUGCAAUGUGAUGUCACAUACACACACACGCGCACUCACACGGGCAACCUAAUUUGUUGUCGAUUGGUUAGGGGUGAAAGCGUGUUUUAAUUUGAUUACGAUUUGGAAAGGAAAAGGAAGAAGGUUCAACGAUCCCAUGGGCAGCAUGGGAAUUGCAAUUAUCCUCCUCAUGGUCCAAAGAUCGAGUGAGUUUUAAUAGAAACAUAAACGCUUUCCGGCGUCUCUCAGAGAGUGUGAGAGAGAGAGAGAGAGAAAUAGAGCGAAAGAGAGGGGCUUUUUUGUAAAAAAAAAGAAGCAAAGAGAUGGAGUCCGAGUAAAGGGAUCGUUUCCAUCGCGAAAAAGUACUGUUUUGUGGACGUUUCAAAACGCAAAAAGCGCACCCUGGCGAGAGCGCCGCACCCACAAUCGAACGGGAAAACAGAUUUUGCAAAAGAGAUUACUUUUAGAGAUUUAGACCAAAAUCAGAAGUUAAGACAAAAAAAAGGUUAAAUGGAUGUGCCAUCGUAUAGGAGGAAAAGAAGAAGGCACCAUAAAUGUGAACACUCCAAAGAGACACACACACACACGUCCUCGUUUUGCCUCUACCACCCAUUUUUAUCUUCAUCACCCUUUUACUUUUGUGUAUAUGUGUACAUUCGGUUGGUUCGAGAAGUCACGAAUUUGUAUUAAAUUAUUAUUAUUAUAUAUAUUUUUUGCUCUUAUAUAUCCGUAACCAAACGGACGCGCGUUGAAUUGUAGUUCUUAUCGAGUGAAGGGAAAGGAUAGUAGGAAAAUAUGGCUGAAUAGGAAGAAGAAAGGAAGGUAUUCAAAUGUUGGCGAAAAUGGGGAAAAAUGCGAAUUGUUAUUUUGAUUUGUUGUUUAUUUACACAGUUUGUUUGUUUGUUUUACAUGCUGAUCUCGUUUGGCACGGUGUAACUCUGUCAUGUAAAAAGUCGGUUACAUAUAUGCACACAUUUACACUGUUUGAACAAAAGUUUUACUGUCCAUUCGCAUCGUCCUUUUCUAGCACCCGUGCGCCCGUAUAUUUUUGUAUAGUAUAGCACACAUUUGCAGACACUUUUGUGAUAGACACGUGUCAGCCCCGUCUCACCACAUGGUUUUGUAACGUUCACCCCAUCUUGGCACUUGGCACUAGUCGGAAAACAGGUGGCAGAGAGAGGGGCGGCGGGCAGGAGAGGAUCGGCAAACGUGGUAAAGAUAGUAUUGCAAAGGCACAGCAUAGUAGGCACAGCGUAUAGAAAAGAAAGCCCCCCCAUAUGAGAUGAUGAAGGAAGUAAUGUGCCGUAUUAAUGAUAUUCAUUCCACAUUCUUUUUAUCAUAAUUUUUCGUACCUAGUUUGUUCGCGUUAAUAAUAGAAAGAAGAUGAAAACAAUGUAAUCAAAAGAUGGCCUGGGAUAAUAAGAAUAAUAAUAAACAAGAACAAAAACUGUA